UGCUAUAAAGCGUUAAAUUAAUGAGAUCUUUAAUAAGGAUUUGUGAAUUUAAUGAGUUUUUUGGUAUGUAGUUGUUUGUGUUGCUGUGACUCAAGUUUGAUAUUGUAAAAAAGAGAUUUCAUCUGAAGAAAAAUGUCCUCUUAAUGAUUUAAAGUUGAGUUUCUUAUGUGUUAAUGCACUUCUACUAACUGUGGACGCUGUUAAGCUUCAUAACGGCUCUUUCUUCAGCCCUCAAAGCCUCCGUCGUUUAUUCGUCCUUGAUUUCUGAUUCUCUAAAUGUUUCCCGGUCACACCUCGACGCCGCGUGCCUUCAGGAUGUUUGGAAUGAUUCACGACUCGCUCCUCGUGCUCAGCGCCACAUUUCUGGAGCCCAGGAAGAACUUAGAAUUCCCGUCAGGCAUGUUUUUCAGAGGCUUGGAGUAAAGAGCGCGACCCCCCCCCCGGCCCGUUUAAAAUUAGCUGGUUUUCCGAGAUCGGGAUGCAGAUCGUGUUUCAUGGUUCAAAGGUCGCUGAUUGAUAACACGGAGCGUCAUGUGACCUGUCUGCUCAUAUUUAACUGUUUUCUGUCUCCGAACAGGGUGUGAAGAACACAAGCAGCCAACAUGUCUGAUGUAAAGAAAAUGACGUCCAGCCGCAGGCAUCAUCUGAAGAGUUUGAUCCUUCAGAUCGCCGCCGGCUGGAUCGAGGAGGAGAACAAGGAGCUCAUCGUCGCCAAGGAGGCGUACAUGUCUGAAAACGCUCCUAACCCCGACCUGGGAGGAGACAUGGCCGCCCUGCAGGAGCUUUGCAAGAAGCUGCACCAGGCGCUGGAUAAGCUCGACGACUCACGGUACGACGCUGAGGCCAAAGUGAAGAAGAGCGACUUAGAGAUUGAAGACCUGAAGAUGAAGGUGGUGGAUCUGGCUGGAGUGAAGAAACCCGCUCUGAAGAAAGUGCGUAUGUCUGCAGACGCCAUGCUUCAGGCUCUGCUGGGAGGAAAACACAAGGUGACCAUGGAUCUGAGGUCCAGCCUGAAGCAGGUCAAGAAGGAGGUCAAAGAGGAGACGCCGGAAGCGCUGGAUUGGCGUAAGAACGUUGACGAUAAGGCCGACAGGAAGAAGAUGUUCGAGGCUUCCUAAGAAGUUUUCCCGAAGGUUUCGAGGAGGAGACGUCUACAGAUUAGACUUUUUCUUCUUUUCUUUUUUGUGAUAGCUUCCCCCCCCCCCCCCGACAGACUGAAUCAACACCAAGUAACGCCAACGUGUACGUAGCUAAAAUGUCUGAAAGAAAAAACAGCAUUUUAAAAUGUACAGGUUUUCAUGAAGUCAUUAGAAAUAAAUGUUUUGAAAUAA